GGUACGGCUGGCAGGCAGGCAGGCAGCGGCUGUAGACGAGAAGAGAAAGGAGAGAGAGAGCAGAGCGCUGAGGAGCUGUGAGAGGAAGGAGACUGAAACACAAGCUCCCGGGACUACGGCAGGACGAGAGGAAAGGGGGGCGACACCGAGGACUGGAUCGUAUCUGCAGCGGAUUUGGAGGGGUUUUUUUUGGUUUGUUUUUUGUAUUUUAUUUUAUUUUUUUAUUUUUUAAUGAGCGGCGGGAUACGUGGUGCGGGGCUGUUACGCACGACAGCGUUUCCCCUGCGGUGAAAUCAGCCCGAGCUGUUGGACCGGAGGCGCACGGCUCGCCUGCUCUUCCUCGUCAGGAGCAGAGAGGUUUAUAGCGGGGAGGCGGACUGAAGGCACACAGGAGGAGCCUCAAAUCCUGGUAUUGAACUGUGGGACCGACGGAAAACAGCGGUGGUGAAACUGGAGGAUCGAUGAGGAUGAUGGAGCCAUUAGUGACACAGUGACCCUGUUGGGAUGUCCUGAGUCAGUCCUUUGGGCCCAGAGAGCGGUGUGCUGAUGGGACCUGCUGCGCCACCAUGAGCUUACAAGAUGGCGGCUGCAGCUACGCCAGCAGCGCCAACAUGGCCACCGCUAGUGGCAGCAUGCGGAGGCGCCUGGAGGACCAGGAGUUCACCCUGCGUGUCUACCCAGGCGCCCUGGCUGAGGGCACCAUCUACUGCCCUGUCAGCGCCCGCAAGAACACCACAGCUGCUGAGGCCAUUGAGUGCCUCAUCGAACGGUUGCACCUGGAGCGUACCAAAUGCUACGUGCUGGCCGAGGUGAAGGAGUUCGGCGGGGAGGAAUGGAUCCUGAACCCUGGCGACUGCCCUGUUCAGCGGAUGAUGCUGUGGCCAAGGAGUGCCCUGGAAAACCGCAGCGGCUUGUGCAGUGGUGAUGACUACCGGUUCCUCCUGCGGGAGAAGAACCUGGAUGGAUCUAUCCAUUAUGGCGGCAGCCUGCAGAUGUGGCUUCGGGUGACUGAGGAGCGUCGGCGCAUGGUGGAACGGGGCUUCCUCCCCCAGCCUGCAGGGAGCGACCCUCCGUCUGACCUCUGCGCUCUCCCGGAGCUAACAGAGCGCGCCAUUUUGGAAAGUCUUCGUGCACGUUUCCGCCAAGAGAAGAUCUACACUUACAUUGGGAGUAUUCUUAUUGUGAUUAACCCCUUUCAGUUCCUGCCAGUCUACAAUCCCAAAUAUGUCAAAAUGUACGACAACCACAGACUAGGCAAGCUUGAGCCCCACAUUUAUGCUGUGGCAGAUGUGGCGUAUCACGCCAUGCUGCAGCGACGGAAGAACCAGUGCAUAGUAAUUUCUGGUGAGAGCGGGUCAGGGAAGACCCAAAGCACCAAUUUCCUCAUUCAUCACCUGACUGCACUCAGCCAGAAAGGAUUCGCCAGCGGGGUGGAGCAGAUCAUCCUGGGAGCGGGGCCGGUGUUGGAGGCUUUUGGGAACGCUAAGACGGCCCACAACAACAACUCCAGUCGCUUCGGCAAGUUCAUCCAGGUCAACUACCAGGAGAGUGGCACCGUCAGAGGAGCCUAUGUUGAGAAGUACCUGCUGGAGAAAUCCCGUCUGGUGUAUCAGGAGCACAAUGAGAGGAACUACCAUGUGUUCUACUACCUGUUGGCUGGAGCCAGUGAAGAGGAGAGGAAAUCCUUCCACCUGCUCAAACCUGAGGAAUACCACUACCUCAACCAGAUGACAAAGAAAUCACACAAACACCACUGGGACAAUUACUAUGAGAGCGAUCUGCAGGACUGCUUCACAGUGGAAGGAGAGGAUCUGAAACACGACUUUGAGCGGCUGCAGCUGGCGAUGGAGAUGGUCGGCUUCUUGCCCACCACACGCAAACAGAUCUUCUCCCUGCUGUCAGCAAUUCUCCACCUUGGAAAUAUCCGCUACAAGAAGAAGACCUACAGGGACGAUUCCAUCGACAUCUGCAACCCAGAGGUCCUGCCCAUCGUCUCAGAGCUGCUAGAGGUCAAAGAGGAGAUUCUGCUGGAGGCCCUGACAACCAGGAAGACGGUGACAGUCGGAGAGAGGCUCAUCGUACCCUACAAACUUGCCGAGGCGGGCACGGUGAGGGACUCGAUGGCCAAGUCACUGUACAGCGCGCUGUUUGACUGGAUUGUGUUCAGGACCAACCAUGCCCUGCUGAACAACAGGGACCUGGAGGACAAAUCAAAGAUUCUCUCCAUAGGAGUCCUGGACAUCUUUGGCUUUGAGGACUAUGAGAACAACAGCUUCGAGCAGUUUUGCAUCAACUUCGCCAACGAACGGCUCCAGCACUACUUCAACCAACACAUCUUCAAAUUAGAGCAGGAGGAGUACAGGGCAGAGGGCAUCGCCUGGCACAACAUCGACUACAUCGACAACAGCGGCUGCAUCAACCUCAUCAGCAAGAAACCCACAGCACUGUUCCACCUGCUCGACGAGGAGUGCAAUUUCCCUCAGGCUUCCAAUCAGACCUUGCUGGACAAGUUCAAGCGUCAGCAUGAAGGAAACAGCUACAUCGAGUUCCCUGCUGUCAUGGAGCCUGCCUUCAUUAUCAGACACUACGCUGGUAAAGUCAAGUACGGAGUCAAGGACUUCAGGGAGAAGAACACUGACCACAUGCGUCCUGACAUCGUCGCCUUGCUCAAGAGCAGCAAGAACGCCUUCAUCUGCAGCCUGAUGGGAAUCGACCCCGUGGCGACCUUCCGCUGGGCCGUGCUGCGAGCGUACUUCAGAGCCAUGGUGGCUUUCAGGGAGGCCGGCCGCAGACACACCCACAAGAAAACUGGGAACGAUACAGCCGUUCCCUGUGCUGUUGUCAAAACCGUUGACAGCUUCAGUUUCCUUCAUCACCCGGUUCACCAGAGGAGCCUCGAGAUCCUUCAAAGAUGCAAAGAUGAGAAAUACAGUAUCACUAGGAAGAAUCCUCGAACACCUCUGUCAGAUCUUCAAGGCACCAACGCCCUGAAUGAAAAGGCCAGCUGGGAUGGCUAUGGUGUUGGCUGUAACGGUCGCAGCUCCAGGUCCGGCCGUCUGUCCUCCACAGGUCCCGCCUUGGAAGAAGAUGGCAUCUUCCUCAACUCGACGAGCAGCAAGCUCCUGGAGAGAGCUCAGGGCAUCCUACUGAGAAACAAAAACUGCAAAAGCAAGCCGACCCUUCCCAAGCACUUGCUGGAUGUGAAGUCUCUGCGUUACCUGAGCAGCGUGUUGCUCCACGACCGCAUCACCAAGUCUCUGCUUCACCUGCACAAGAAGAAGAAACCACCCAGCAUCAGCGCUCAGUUCCAGGCCUCCCUCAAUAAGCUGAUGGAGACUCUCGAUCAAUCAGAGCCGUACUUUGUCAAGUGUAUCCGCUCCAACGCUGAGAAGCUGCCGUUGCGUUUCAAUGACAGCCUGGUGCUCAGACAGCUCAGAUACACGGGAAUGCUGGAAACCGUCCGGAUCCGACAGUCAGGAUACAGCAUCAAGUACACCUUCCAGGACUUUGUGCGUCACUUUUUUGUGCUGCUGCCUCGAGGCACGAGUCCAACCAAGUCGGGCAUCAGGGAGUUUUUCAGACGGAUCCACCUGCCACCUGCUGGGUAUCAAGUGGGCAACACAAUGGUGUUUCUGCGGGAGGCAGAACGCCAGCGCCUUCAGACCUCCCUCCACCAGGAAGUCCUGCGGCGAAUCGUCACGCUGCAGCGCCGCUUCAGGGCCGUGCUGGAGAGGAAGCACUUCGUCGACAUGAGGAGAGCCACCUGUGUCAUCCAGCGAUGGUGGCGACGCUGCCUCCUCAAAGACUCCACCAUCAACUCACAUGACGAGGAGGAGGCGGCGCUGUGUCUGCAGGCGGCCUGGAGGAGCUACAGGGAGCGCAGGAGGUUCCUGCAGUGGAAGGACUCUGCCAUCGUCAUUCAGAGGAGCUGGAGACACUGCUGUCACCGCAGAUCUUUAGCAGCUUUGACGGUUCAGACAGCCUGGAGAGGAUUCAGGGAGAGGAACCGUUACUGUCAGACGUACAGGAGCGUGACGCGGCUGCAGGCGGUGGGCAGAGGAUACCUGGCUCGACUCAGAUUCAGUGAAGUGAAGGAGCAGCAUGAAAGACUCAGUACACAACAGGGUUCACCGGCAGAGACGGAUGCAGGAACCAUGGAGGACCUCCCCUCAUCAGGACAGGAGGGAUUCAUCCAGGAUGUCUGCGGAGAACUUUCUGAAGACUCGCAGGCUGUCCCGUUAGAUGCGGGAGAGACGGAAAAAGAGGAUGAAUCAGAGCGAAGCAGGAGCAUAGACGAGACGAGUCACAGGAACCGGUCCAAACGAGAGAGCAGACGGAUGAGAGAGCUGGAGCAGGCUCAGUUCAGCUUAGAACUCCUCAAGGUCCGAACCACCAGCAUGGGAGGUCCUCCUCAAGAAGACUUGGCCCCAGACAGCAGCACCUGCCAGCUGGAAGACCAUCAUAGACAUUCGCCUCGGGGAUCUCCAGCUAGUCACGGAAGUUUUGAGCUGCUCAGUGUGGAGGACAUGGAGACCGAAGGCUCAUCUGCACCUCAAGAGCCAGAUGUUCCACUGCAUGAGGGGCUGAGGGAUUCAAACUAUAAUGAGAAGCCUGUGAUGGAGCCGAUUAACAAGGUGGACGGACCGAGGGCAACAUUUUAUAUUGCUUCCGACCAAAGUCCUGUUCAUGAACCAAAAUUUGAAAGCCCCAGCAGAUCUUACAAAGAGAGAAGAGAGUCGACGUCUCGACGGCCCGUAGUGGUGUUGAUCAGUAUGCAGAAGGAGAGCCCUGUGGAGGAGGGGGAGCUGCUGGCAGCCCAAACCCUAGAAAGAGCUCCGGAAACAGAGGCAGCAUCAACUGUUUUCCAAUCGACUCCCAUUGCAGGCUUGGAGGUUGCACCCAAGGCUGUGCAGCCUCAUGGGACUGAUACUCAGGCCAAGAGAGAUGCGUUUAGAGUCGACCAAUCUACCCAUGGGUCAAGCCCAGAACUACCCGGGAUUUCCUCCUCAGAGGUGGACAUCCAGAUUGUCCUUGAGCCAAAGGACAUUGUUCCCGCUGUUGUCCCCAGUCAGCAGCAGAGGAAGGCGGUCCUGCCUGCGCAGGAAGCUCCCAGCCCGGUCCUGGACACCAAACCUCCAAAAGCCCAGAAGAAGAGCUCAGGCCAGACUGUGAUAGUGAACAUGGUGGAGAAACCCUCCAACAGUGUGUUCUCUCCACCCAGACGCAAGCUGCCCUUCUCCAAGUCAGAUAAGGAUUUGGUGAACCAGGAACGAUCUCUGGCCAUGUUUAGAGACGACUCCAAAUCUGCUGGAUCCAGAAACAGAGAGCAGGUGGGCCGCCCCGGCCCAAAAAAGAAAGCGAGAAUGUCCCGGACGCGCUCCGAUUUCCUCACCCGCUGUAACUCCGAGGGGGCAACCCAGUCGGACGACGAUGAUGAAUACUACAUCCCCGCCCAUUCCCACACGCUGCCCCCCUCCCUGUCUUCCUCAUGCGUCCACCCAGAGGCGGACUGUCACAGUGACUCCGAGAUGGCAUCUCACAAAGACCAGAAGAAGAUCCACAAGACCAUGUCGUCAGGAGACCUGGGCAAGGUGGAGGUUCUCAGGAAGACCUCCAGUCACGACGGAAGCCGGAUGAGGGGAAAGAUGAAAUUCUGGAGUAAGACGAAGCACGGCGAGAAAAAACUGUCAAGAGAGAAGCAGACCAGCAUGAGCGAGGCUGGAGACACGCAUGCAGAGGGCCCUUCUCCACCUCACAGUCCAGACUUGGAGGCAGCCUCCUCUCGGGUGGUCAGGGACAGUAAGGAGAACAAGGAGCUGUCGCCGAAGAUGAGGAGGCGUCGCAGUGUGAAGAUCAGCAGCAUCGCUCUGGAACCCGCCCAGUGGCAAAACGACGCGCUGCACAUCCUGACCUCCACGCACGACUACCGCAGCAUGAACGACUUCCUCAUGAAGAAGAUCGCUGACCUGGAGUCUGAAGACGGCAAGAAGGACACAAUGGUGGAUGUCGUCUUCAAGAAAGCGCUGAAGGAGUUCAGGAUCAACAUCUUCAACUCCUACUCCACCGCCUUGGCAAUGGAUGAUGGGAAGAGUAUCCGUUACAAGGACCUCUACGCCCUGUUCGAGCACAUCCUGGAGAAAUCCAUGCGACAGGAGCAGAGGGACUGGAGCGAAUCACCAGUGAAGGUGUGGGUCAACACCUUCAAGGUCUUCCUGGACGAGUUUAUGACCGAGUACAAGCCAAUGGAGGGCACAAUCGGCAGGGCUCCUAAACGUGAACGCAAGAAGUCGAGGAAGAAGGAAACUGACAUUGUUGAAGAGCACAACGGCCACAUCUUCAAGUCCACACAGUACAGUAUCCCCACCUACUGCGAGUACUGCUCCUCCCUCAUCUGGAUGAUGGACCGAGCCUGCGUCUGCAAAUUGUGUCGCUACGCCUGCCACAGGAAGUGCUGCUCCAAGAUGACCACCAAGUGCAGUAAAAAGUACGAUCCGGAGCUGUCGUCUCGGCAGUUUGGUGUGGAGUUGUCCCGUCUGACCAGUGAGGAGCGGACGGUGCCUCAGCUGGUGGAGAAACUCAUCAACUACAUUGAGAUGCACGGCCUCUACACAGAGGGGAUCUACAGGAAGUCGGGCUCCACCAAUAAGAUCAAAGAACUCCGCCAGGGCCUGGACACAGAUGUGAACAGUGUGAACCUGGAUGAUUACAACAUCCACGUCAUUGCCAGUGUUCUCAAACAGUGGCUCCGUGACCUGCCCAGCCCUCUCAUGACCUUUGAACUGUACGAGGAGUUCCUCAGGGCCAUGGGUCAGCCAGACAAGCGGGAGGUGAUACGAGGGGUGUAUUCGGUGAUCGACCAGCUCAGCAGGACACACCUGAGCACACUGGAGCGCCUCAUCUUCCAUCUGGUCAGGAUCGCCCUGCAGGAGGAGACUAACAGGAUGUCAGCCAACGCCCUCGCUAUCGUGUUUGCUCCCUGCAUCCUUCGCUGUCCUGACACCAUCGACCCACUGCAGAGUGUCCAAGACAUUAGCAAGACCACCGCAUGUGUGGAGCUGAUCAUCAAUGAGCAGAUGGGCAAGUACAGAGCUCGUCUGAAGGACAUCAGCAGUCUGGAGUUUGCAGAAAACAAAGCCAAGAGCAGACUGACCCACAUCAGGAAGUCCAUGAAACCUGUACUAAUUGCUGUUAGGUUUAUGAGCAUAACCCGCACUGCCACCCCGCCUAACACAGCUAAACUUAAGAGCAAAAGUCGAGUUCGGCAAAGCAGCGGCCACACGCCCUCGCCUCCUCUCAGCCCUAAGGUGCCCCCUGUGGUGGAUGGAGAGAGUGCGGCAGGUGGAGAUGGUGGAGGAGGAGGAGGAGGAGGAGGAGGAGGAGGAGCAGAGGAUGCUGCAGAGGUCGGGCUGAACGAGCAGCAGCAGCUGGCGAUGCAGCAGGAGGAGCGAAUCCUCACCGAGCAGAUCGAGAGUCUGCAGAAAGAGAAGGAGGAGCUGACGUAUGAGAUGUUGAUCUUGGAACCGCGGGCGUCCGACGAUGACACUCCUGAAUCUGAAGCGUCCAUCGGCACAGCGGACAGCUCUGAGAACAUCACCAUGGAGACGGAGGGAGCCACCUCAGACCCUUCUGAGCGCGGCACUUAUCGCUCCAGAAAGUCGGAUGCAAUUGUCAGACGAGGUCUGCGCCGUCAGCCUGAUUCCCAGGACUCUGCUGACUCCAUCUCCACCAUUUCUUCCUCCUACCACCCCUCCUCCUCUCUCUCCUCCAACGCCUCCGGCUCUCCCUCCCCUCACUACCGGUUCCGAUCUUCCUCCUCUGGGCCCCUGCUCACCUCCUGUGGUUUGGGGGCCCCGCUGGCCGAGGCGGAGGGGAGCCAAAGAACUGGUAAGACCCGCCACAGGCUCCGGCUCAGUCGCAGCUCCCCGCGCGAGCCCUCGGGAGGCCACCGGAGGGAGUCGGACUUUGGCUCGGGGCCACAGCAGCUGGUUCUGUACGGCAGCAACGAGUUCAUGGUGUGAAGGCGAGGAAGGAAGGAACGCCGGCCGGUGCCGCCACCGCCUGUUUGAGCGCAGGAGGGCGUACGAGAAGGGGAGGCGGGAGAGUCCGGGGUUGAACGAGGCUGGUCAUGGGGCCCAGUGUCGCCUGCUGCCCCUCCUCAGUGCCCACCCCCCUCCUCCCCUGGUCCAGUCAGAGGAAGAAGGACAGAAUAAAGGAAGAGAGGACUGGAAAUAUGACACAGAGGGACAAAAAGACAGAUGGUCAAAAAAAAAAAAAAGGACGGAUGACUAAUGUGAACAGCAGAAAGCUGGAGCAGAGUGAGGAGACAUGGUCGGCCAUGUUUGUUGACGCUCUGAUCUCAGUGCUGUGUGACCCCUGCUGGAGCACCGGGGGUCGGUUAGAGGACAGAGAGAAGAGGGGAGGGACGGGUGGUGAGACACGCAGAGAAAACCCACACCUGCAAAGCCAAAUCUUAUAAUGCUCCGUCUUUAUUUUUUAGCAUGCAGGCAGGUGGUUGAAGCCACCCAGAAGAAAUGUAGCCAUACUGACUGAACUGGCGGACAUUUUGUCUGUAACCAGCGCCAAGCUAAGUCUGCUUUUCACGUUUACACAGGACACACCAGCCAAGAGGCUGCAUGCUACUCCAUCACACUUUUUCCUACGUCUGAUUGAAGAGACUGUACAGAGAUAUGUUACAGCUGUAUGUUACAUUAUUAUUAUUAAUAUUAUUAUUAUUAUGUUACAGAGGAAAAAAGUGUACAUAGAAAGAAACUCCAGUGCUGCUCCUGGGUCGUUCAUGUUGAUCUCUAUUUCCUGUUCCUCUGUUUUGAAAAGUGAAGUGUCUGGAAUUCAGGUUCCACUUUUGUUUCUGUGCUGGUUUUGCUCGGUUUGCUUUCAUUUCUUUUUUCUUUUUUCUCUCUUUUCCUAUUUCACAAUGAACAGAGCCAGUUUCAUGUGUCCUCGGGUUAUACCCAUAAGAAACAAUUGAAGGAAAAGCUGUCGCUCGCAGUGCUACUACAUGUCUGGUGUCACGUUUACUUGACCGGAGGUGUCAAAUGUCAAAUCAGCCAUAAGUGAAUUGUAUUUGCCUUUCCCUGCAAGCUUUUUGUUGUUUCCUUUUGUUUUAUUCAGAAACAUCAGUGUUACUGUGUCAGGACUUGAAUUAUUUUUUUUAUAUAUAAAUAUAAAUAUUAUUGCUGUAUUAUAGGUGUUGUUAUUGAUAUCAAAGAUGUCAUGUUUUUGUUGUCAAUAUUGUUUCAUGGAUUGUUUUUUGUUCAGAUGAAAGCCAUUUUGUCUUUCCUGUAUGGAUGCACGUGUGUGUGUGUGCGCGCGCGUGCAUGUCUGAAUGAGUGAACGAAUGAGUAACUCCUGCCACUGUUUCAGCUCCACCUUUGUGCAUCAGGAGUCUUCUCUACAAACACAUACACUAGUAUUUCCUCUCUCGUGAAGGUGGAAAAAAGUCUCUGCAACCAUCAAGUGACACUAAAACACACUCAGACUUACAAAAUGUUUUUAUUAGUCCCGGUCUCAUUGCACCAGUGGGGAAACUCUUGCACUCUCACAGACUUUCAAACCGUCCAUGAUGUCCUCUGAGCCACCCAGAAUAUUCUCUUCUUCUAUUUCUUCUUCUUCUUCUUCUUCUUCCUCUUGACUUUAACCACACAGACUCUUCCAUCCUCUUCUUUCCCGGCUCUGGCUGUGAAAAGUAGCAUUUAAUCUGCCUGUUAACCAGACAAAUACGAGUAGCAACUGACUCAGACCGUCCACGUGUUUCUGCGUAUUCUUCUUCUCUUUCCGUUCCUGUCCACACAGUAUCUGAACAGUCAGCGUAAUAAUCAUUCUAUGGGCCUACUGAGUCGCUUCACGGCAAUGAUGUCUCCGUACUUUAGCUGCAAUAUCCCUCCAUGCUUGCUGCGUCUGCGAUCAGAUACUGCUGGGCUCUGAUCUCACCAACACAAUCAGUGUUAAUCCACUUUUCCUCGAAGCUGGAAGUCUCAGUAAAGGCUGUGCUGAUCUCGGUUUCGAUGCAGGCUGGAGACUUGCAGUGUGCUGUCUUUUUACGACUUAAGCUGUAGACCUGUUUGGAAAAAAAAGAAAGAAAAAAAAAGCUGUUUCAGAGGUGAGCUGAAAGGACGAAUCUGAUUCCAGGUCAAAUAUCUUUACAUUGAUAUUUUGCUGGGAUGGUCUUUGUUCGUGUCCAGGCUGUCAAUAUGGAAAAAAGAGCAAAAAAAAAAAAAAAAAGAAAACUUAAAAAAAAGUGAAUGUACCUGUCACUGGAAAGCAUGCUCUGCUUUCUCUGGUUGUUUUUGUUCCUCUUUUAUACACAGUGUAUGUACUAUUUAUGAUCAUGCUUUUGGGGUGUACAUUGGUUUAAAAGAGUCUGUCAUAAAAGGUGUUUUAAAAGGAUAUAUUAUCCUGUGUACGGUUCAUUAUCUACUAUUAAUCAUGACAACAUUUUAGCAGGCCACACUCGGUCUGUCAUGUUUGUGCUGCAAUGCGAGAAAAAAAAAAAUAAAGUGUGUCUCUUUGUCUGCGCCACUCUGGACACA